AUGAUACCUUUAGGGUGCCCGCUUGAGGCGGACAAUAGUUUCGGCCCCGUGACGAAUCCUAGGUAUCGCGAUGGCUUUGAUUUCACCCUUCUGUUCGAGCAAGCGAUAUUCGGCCUCGUCCCUGCGGUCGCGUUUCUCAUCAUUUCUCCUGUUCGACUACAUAUUCUCGCGAAAUGCGAUGUCCGAAUCCAGUUUAACAAAUUGAGAUCUGCAAAACUGAUAACUAUCGUCGUGUUUGCCGCAAUCUAA